AUGAUCAAAGAGGAGAAUGAUCAGCAUUUCUCAAGGCUUAGAGAUUACCGGCUAGAGUUGUUAGAGUCCAAUGAGGAUUCAACGGUAGAGCUCAAGACAUUCAACGGAAAUGAUGGUUCAGAUGUUUUCUAUAGAUUUUACGUUUGCUUUGCUGCAUUGAAGAAGACUUGGUGUGCUCACUGUCGACCGAUCUUUGGUCUUGAUGCAUGCUUCCUCAAGUGCACAACAAAGGGUCAGUUGUUAGCAGCUGUUGGCAGAGAUGCAAAUAACCAAAUGUUUCCUACAGCGUGGGCUGUUGUUGACGUCGAGAGUGAAGACAAUUGGGUUUGGUUUAUUGAGAAAUUGCAGACGGACCUGAAUCUCCAUGAUGGUGAAGGCUUCACUAUCAUAUCAGAUAGACAAAUGGGGUUACGUAAUGCAGUAUCAAAUAUCUUGCCAAUGGUUGAGCACAUGAUGUGUGCAAGACAUAUUUACGCAAACUUAAAUAUGAAAGGCAAAUUCUGGAAGGUCGCCAAGAGCUACAACAUGGUGCAGUACAACAAGAGGGUGGAUGAGGUGAAGGCAUAUGACAUGAGUGUAUAUGAUUCGAUGAUGAUGAAGAAUCCCAAAAAUUGCAGCCUUGCCUUCUUUACUCCAUCCUCGACUUGUGAUGAUGUAAGCAACAACAUAUCUGAGUCUUUUAAUCAUGCGGUUGACCCUGCUAGAUCAAUGCCACUCGUGGAAAUGUUGGAAACAAUACGCAGAAGAUCUAUGUUGCGCAUUGAGGCAAGGAAGAUGAAAGCAAUGAAUCACAGAGGGAAGUUCAGUCUAAAAGCAAUGGAAAAGGUCAGGGAGGAGCAACGUAAAAUACAUCAUUGCACUAUAUAUCCUUGCGGAUAUGAGGUAUUUGAUGUGAAAGAGAAAAACAGUUCAUACAAAACGAAAAUGGUUGAUCGUACUUGCACUUGUCGAAAGUGGGAGAUGUCGGGAUUGCCUUGUCGUCAUGCCCUGAAAAUCAUUUCUGCAAAGAAGCGCAAACAAGAGGAUUAUAUGGAUGCUUGUUACCUCACCUCGACGUGGAGAAAGCAGUAUGAAACACCAAUUAAGGCUGUCCAUGGGAUAAACUUUUGGAAAAAAACAGGAGAUUCAGAGAUUAUUCCACCACCAACAGAACCGGAAUCAUCAAGAGGAAGAAAGAAAAUUCCUAAGCGGAUAAAAGGAAGGAACUAG